AUGUCAGAAAUCCUGGGAACUAUGGCGAGUAUUCUAGCACUCACAGAGGCUGUUGCGGACUGUUAUAAGUUUUUCAGUGGAACAUUGCCCAGCCCAAAAGAACCAAAAAUCGAAAACGAGUUGCACGUACUCGAAAACGUGCUCACCGAGCUGAUGAGUGUUGUCAAAGACGUGGGAGCCCACCUGUCAUCAGGAACACUAAAUCUUGUUAAGAGUUGCACCCAAGAGUGCAUGGACGAGAUAACAAGGUUCCAGAGAGAGGUGGGCCUGAGAUCAAAGGGAAAGGGUAUAAAGACGAUCUUCAUGAGCUAUCUACAAAGACAGCAAACGGAGAAAAAGACCCUGGAGUUUUUUGCUCGGAUGGAGAGGAGUAAGAGCACUCUUACACUUCUCUUGGCGGUGAACCAAAUGGCCACUUCUCUUGCGAUUACAUCAAAUCAAACUCAGCCUGACCCGGUGGGGGUAUGCACAUGCACAACACAGACAGCAUUGAAUGAUGUAGCCGAAGUUGAUAGACGUUCUAUUCGGAGUGCCACAGAAGAUACUCCUCGGCAUCUACUGAAAAAAAUCGAUCCUAGAGCAGCCAUACAUGUAUUUGAAUACAUGUAUACAUGCGUAAAGUUAAAAGCAUGUUCCAAAUUCCUAAUCGAAGGAGAUCGCGUCGAAUACACGGUGAAAGAUCAAGAGAAGAUCGGUAUUCCUGCCGAUAUGUACUAUUGUUAUGAUAAAGAGCCUAUAGAAACCUGCUUGUUUUCUUUAGUAUGCGUAGUAAAAAUAUCAAGAAAUAUCAAGACAAUUACUCUUCGGCCCUACAAUCAGGUGAAAACUUCGUAG